AUGGCUGACUUAAGUUUCUACGUUGGAGUCAUAGGUAAUGUAAUAUCAGUCCUUGUCUUCCUCUCCCCUGUGGAGACGUUUUGGAAGAUCGUGAAACGGAGAUCGACGGAGGAAUACGAGUGUUUACCAUACAUUUGUACAUUGUUGGGUUCGUCGUUAUGGACAUAUUACGGAAUUGUGACACCUGGAGAAUACUUGGUUUCUACUGUCAAUGGCUUUGGUGUUCUUGCUGAAUCUAUCUACGUUCUCAUUUUCCUCUUCUUUGUCCCCAAACCAAGAUUCUUGAAAACAAUUGUAUUGGUUCUGGUUCUGAACGUAAUUUUCCCAGUUAUAGCGAUUGGGGGAACAAGAAUUGCGUUUGGAGAUGCGAAAGCACGUUCUAAUUCUAUUGGUUUCGUAUGUGCUACUCUCAACGUUAUCAUGUAUGGUUCUCCUCUUUCCGCUAUUAAAACGGUUGUGACGACGAGGAGUGUGAAGUACAUGCCGUUUUGGCUGUCGUUUUUCCUCUUUCUAAACGGCGCGAUUUGGGGUUUCUAUGCUUUGCUCAUGCACGAUAUUUUCCUAUUGGUGCCAAAUGGAAUGGGGUUUUUGCUUGGGACAAUGCAACUCCUAAUUUAUGCGUUUUACAGAAAUGCCAAACCAAAUCUAGAAGAUGAAGAAGAAACCCUCGUACCAAGCCAACCUCUCCUUGGUUAA